GCCCACGCUUCAUGCACUUCUUCAAGCACGGGUUAAUGACCUCGAUGCUUUCCUUUUCUUUUCUGUCCCCCUUCCGGGCUUAUUCUAAGAAUUAUCUAAAACACCGGAUGAGCGGGUGCCCAAAGUUGAACAUGCUACGCUUUAAAUCACUGAAAAGAAAACGAAACCCCGCAACGAGCCUCUGUCAGGCUCAUCCACACAGGAGUAUUUUUUUCCAAAAGCUACUUGGCCAGGCUCGGGAGGCGACAAAAGAAGACACAAUCGCCCCUGGCGGCAGGCCGGAAGGACUCCCGCAGCUUCCUGAGUCGAUUCCCGAGAAGGUGUCACCGCGGGCAGGGACUUUGGCCGCAGGUCGUGCGGCGGCCGGCGCCACAGCAGCCACUGUGCGGCACGCAGGCCUCGAGGUCCCCGGGGCGCGCGCGGCUCGGUGCCCAACCGGCCCGUCCUCCAUCGCGCAUCCCCACCCGCUCCCGGCGGCUCCUCCCUGCCGCCGCCCCGCUCAGCGACUCCGCCGCCGCCCCGUCCCAGGCUGGAGGAGGCGCAGGCGCUCCCCGGAGCGUGGCACCCGAGGCCGGCGCAGCCCUGCGCGUGACUAUAGUCUGAUUUUGGAAAGUAGAUGCCAGCCUGGAGCCUUGGCACCCAACUCAGCCCGGAAGUAGUGUUCUUUAAAAGGUACAGCCCGGGGCAGGACCCCAUCUCCACCACCCCUCUUAGGCUUCCAGAGUGGGUUCUUGAUGAACUUGGUUCUCUUCUGCUGGUGACUCCUCGGCAGGAGACAUGGCUCUGGUCCGCUGGGGACUGAAAAGACAGAACUUCCACCCAUUGAAGAGGAGGAGAGCGCUGCUGCUGAAACUCACAGUCGUUGUCAUCUCCGUGCUUCUGUUUUGUGAAUAUUUCAUCUAUUACCUGGUCAUCUUUCGGUGCCGUUGGCCUGAGGUGAAGACCCUAGCCCAUGGCAGUAGACAGGAGCCUGUGUUGAAAACCAUGUUUCUGGCUGACACUCAUUUACUUGGGGAGAUAAGAGGCCACUGGCUGGACAAAUUAAGAAGGGAGUGGCAAAUGGAAAGAGCCUUUCAGACAGCUGUGUGGCUGCUGCAACCGGAAGUCGUCUUCAUUUUGGGAGACAUCUUUGAUGAAGGGAAGUGGAGCACCGCCCAGGCCUGGGCAGACGAUGUGCAGAGGUUUCAGAAGAUGUUCAGGCACGGCAGCCACAUGCAGCUGAAGGUGGUCAUUGGCAAUCAUGACAUUGGCUUCCACUACCAGAUGAGUAAACACAGAAUAAAGCGAUUUGAGAAAGUGUUCAGCUCCGAAAGGCUGUUCUCUCUAAAAGGAGUGAAUUUUGUGAUGGUCAACAGCGUCGCAAUGGAAGGGGAUGGUUGUAGCAUAUGCUCUGAAGCGGAAGCCGAACUCAGAGAGAUCUCUCGUAAACUGAAUUGCUCCCGAGAGCAGGUGCGGGGAUCAAGCCAGUGUGAGGACGAGCAGCGGCUGCCCUCGUCCGCCCCCGUGUUGCUGCAGCACUACCCGCUCUAUCGGGCCAGCGAUGCUAACUGUUCUGGGGAAGACGCGGCUCCUCCAGAGGAAAGGAACAUCCCCUUCAAGGAGAAAUACGAUGUCCUUUCUCAGGAGGCCUCAAGAAAGCUGCUGUGGUGGUUCCGGCCUCGCCUGGUUCUGAGCGGCCACACGCACAGUGCCUGCGAGGUGCUCCAUCCGGGAGGAGCUCCUGAGGUGAGCGUCCCGUCCUUCAGUUGGAGGAACAGAAACAACCCCAGCUUCAUCAUGGGCAGCCUGACAUCUAGAGAAUAUGCUCUGUCCAAGUGCUACCUCCCGUUUGAGGACACGGUGCUGACCAUGUACGGUGCAGCAGCCGGCUUCCUCGUGGUCCUCACCUUAGCUCACUUUGAGCAUUUGCACUCAUCUUUUCUGUUUGGUUGGAAACUGUGCAGGAUGCACAAGAGAAGAUGAAGAGCCAGUGAUUGUUGCACGUGGUAAUAUAAAACCAAAGCCAAAGACAUGGGACUUCCAGCGGGGCUCCAGUGAGUCACGGAGGAGAGCAACCAUUGGUUGUCCUUAUGUACAAGAUGGGAAUUCCGAAUCAUCAGCGCCAAUGACUGCAGAAUAAACAGUUGACUGUUCUGUUCUCAUGCUAUAAAAAAAUGGAACGUGUACUCUACAACAAAUUCACCUUCUCGUUUUAUCAAAGAUAUGUAUGAUUAGAGGUUACAUCUGUACAGCAUGUAAAUGUUAUAGACACUGUCACUUGCAUGCACGACACAGCCCUUGCUUCCCCAGGAAGGACCCAGCAGCUUUGGUGUACACUUGAGGCUACGUGUACACCUAAAAAGCUGAGUUUUCUCUGCCCUUCUGUGAAGUGGCUCUCAGUUCCUUAUAGAUCAUGAAGUUGUAUGAUCACAAGUACAGAUCCCAUGUGCAGAAUUAAAGGCUUUUGUGUUUCUGUGCUAAUGGAAUCAGAUUUUUAGGUAAGUAUAAUUUUCCCUCCAGGAGACCAUGUUGUCACAUCUGAACUCAAUGCCUGUUGGUGAUUAAAACUUGAAGACAUGAAGGAGGACAUGGAUGUUUGAAUUUAAAAAUAAAUGGUGUAAUAAUUUUGUAAAAAAAAAAAAAAGCAUAUUUUUUUUCCUAAA